AUGACACCUCAAUCACCGACUAAAAGAAGUAAAAGACGUAAUACCAUUUCAGUUGGUGAAUUCGAUUCAAAAGCCCAAGUAUUGAUAGCCGAAUGGGAACAGGUAGCAAAAGAACUUGAAUUAUUUGAAUCCAAGCAUAAAAAAUAUUUGGAAAAAUUAGAAAAUGUGGAAAAUUUGAAAAUUACUCAUUGCCAAGAAUUUAAAAAAAUUCAGACGAAAAUAAAUAAUCUAAAGAAAUCGAUUGAUAAAAAUAAAUCAUUAAUAAUUAUUCCCGAUUCAUCAUCAUCUCCACGAACAGCAGCCGAAAAAACUGAUCUAUUACGAAUUAGACGUGAAACAGAAGUCAAUCGUGAAACACCUGAACAACGUCAAGAAAGAAUACAUAUUAUAAGAGAACAUUUAAUCAAAGAACAAAGUUCAUAUUUGAAACGCAUUGAAUACACGCUACCUCAAGCACCGGAACGUUAUUUAAGAAUUAUAUUGGGAAGUGAACUACCCGUAUCUAUUUUAAAUAAGGCUGAUCAAUAUAAAUACAAAGAGUCAUAUGAAACAUUUAAAUUUCGUGUUACGCUUAUAUUGAUGAUCAUUUCAUUUCUUAUGUGUUUGAUAAUACCAGCGAAUCGUGCAUUAGAUGCGAUAUUUCAUUUUCUUUUGGUUUGGUAUUAUUGUACGUUGACUAUUCGAGAAUCAAUUUUAGUGGUGAAUGGUUCGAAUAUCAAUGCAUGGUGGAGAAUACAUCAUUUUAUUAGUACCAUUUGUACGUGUAUUAUUCUUAUCUGGCCAUCAACAGCGAGUUACAAAAUAUUUCGACAACAACAUUAUAUAUUUAGUCUUUAUAUUAGUUUUGUUCAAGUUCUUCAAUAUUACUAUCAAAAAGGUUUACUUUAUCGUUUAAGAGCUCUAGGAUACAGUGAUGCGAUGGCUGUAACAAUGGAAGGUUUCCAUUCAUGGAUGUUACGAGGCCUCUCAUUUCUUGUACCAUUUUUAUUUGUUGGCUACUUGUUUCAAUUGUACAAUGCCUAUGUACUUUAUCAGUUGUCAUUCACAGAACCGAAUAAAGAUUGGCAAGUCAUGUUGAAAGUUUUAGCACUGAUAUUUCUUGUGUUAUUUCUUGGAAAUUUCAUAACAAUGUGGAUGGUAAUUCGAAGAAAAAUACGGGAAAAAGUAAGAGAUAUUCAAUGGGUGAAACAUAGAUACGAAACAUUAAGGAGCCUUUUAACUAGUGUUUUAUAA